UAUCUCCCAGCAUGCCUCGCUGUAGUAACUGAGUGAAACGUCAUCAGCACGCAUCAGAGGGAGCUAAACAACCGUUAUUAGUUGUGUUUUUCUGUGUUCCACUAGUUGUGUUUUUGUAGGUUGUUUCCACUCGACGCCUUCAGGUCGGAGUGGCUAUGAGUAGUCCCAUGGCUAGCUUCGCCCCUUCAAGUUUUAAAGACCGCCCCCUUUGCAGAACCAGCUUCAUCGCAGAGAUCCAGAGCAUGAUGUUUGCACUGGGAGAUGCUCGAAGGCCACUCUACGAUACAGCUGCUCUGGUGGAGGACAUUGUACACACACAGCUUAUCACGAUGUUGCAGCAGGCAUCCGAGGGGGCAGUACUUCGGGGCUCCAGAGUGAUCUCAGCAGAAGACAUCUUGUUCCUGAUGAGGAGAGACAAGCGGAAGCUGUCUAGGUUACUGAAGUAUCUUCAGUUCAGGGAUUAUAAAUCAAAACUCCUCAAGUCUUUGGAGGAAGAAGAAGUACCACAAGAAACUGACAAGUCGGUAGGGGGGAUUCUAGCGUCCAAUCAACGGAGGCAGCGAUUGGCUCAGGACUUCCUGAUGUGGAUGGAUCAGACUGGGGAGCUCCUGUCAUUGGCUGAGAGACAGGAAGUAGUAGACCCUGUGAAACUGGAAAGGAUGGAGCGCCUGGAGCGUCAGACCCGGACCAUGGACCAAUCCCAGUAUUCUGAGUUCUGUGAGAGCCGACAGCUCAGCUUCGCUAAGAAAGCCUCAAAGUUCCGGGACUGGCUGGAUUGCAGUAACCUGGAAGUCAAACCCAACAGCAUCGCAAUGGAGAUACUCUCUUACCUUGCCUAUGAAACGGUUGCCCAGUGUGUGUGUUCGUUCCAGAUUGUGGAUCUGUCUCUGUUGGUUAAACAGGAAAUGGAGUCGAAGAACGAUCCAGUCAGUCAUGUGAUCUCUUCGAGCUACAUCCACUACAACACACAUCCAGAGGUGAAGAGGGACCCGGAAUCUCCUGACGCCACGCCCCCCUCCACACCCGGCUCCUCCCACUCUAAGCCCCUCCUUCAAGGCAACGGCAGCCUUGACGGUCGAGCCAGACUCCGCAAGCGCAAGAAGAACUGCCCUGCGGCCAUAGAGCAGCCCAGCGGAGCCAUCCAGCCCGGUCACAUACGAGAAGCCAUUAGAAGAUACAACUACAGGCCCACGGCUCCAUUAGGCACAAAAAACACUGCCAGGGGAUUGAAUGGGGCGGAGCGGUCUUAGCGUGACAUGGCACUUCCAGCAGCAAAACCUUAUUACUUUUCAUCUAGGUUGUGUAUUUAA